CUAGUAUCCAGAUAGCAGAUACCAACUAAUAUCCACAAUCAACCAACUAGUAUUCAAUAUGGAUACUCUUAUAGGUUAUAUGGAUACUCUUAUGUGUUAUCUGGAUACUAAUUAUGUGAUGUUUGGAUACUAUUUUGUGUUGUCUAGAUAUUAGUUUGUGAAUUUGGGAUAAUAGUUGAUUUAUGGUGGAUAUCAGUUAGCAAACUUUGAAUACUAGUCUGUGCUCUCUAGAUACUUUAGUACUUGGAUAUUAGUUCAUGUAAUUUGAAUAUCAGUUAGUAUCUGCUAACGAAUUUUCAAGUUAGCGGAUUAACUUUCCCCUCCUAAUUUGGCUAAAAAGAUGGCUGGGACCUUUCUAGGGAUCUAAUCGCCAGCCAGCCAGAACAAAGCUUCCAAUACCCGCAUUUCCCCCAAACACAUAAUUUCAACUAUAACGUCUCUUCCACUCAAAACCAACACCAGACAGACAGACACCAUACUCUGCAAUCGACUUCCCACCUCACAGUUUGGUAAAAUCGCUUCAACACCAUCUCCUUCACUCUUCCUUCUUCCUCACCGCCAUUAACAAAUGCUGUUCCUUUUUUUAAAACCCCAUUUCCCCAUGCCUCUUCUCGCCAUCUCUCUUUCCCUUUCUCCCACCCUCCAUGGCUGGCAUUGCCGUGGUUCCUCGUUCGUUCCACUCUCGUGGUGGUGAUGAUGAUGACCGUGACAACUUACAUCAGCGCCCUCCCACCCGCCACUCGGCAGCUGCUCCCAAGCCGUGCAGAGUCUGCGGGGAUGAGAUUGGGGUGAAGGAAGAUGGAGCUCACUUUGUGGCCUGUCACGUUUGCGGGUUUCCCGUUUGCAGGCCUUGUUAUGAGUACGAGAGAAGUGAUGGCAACCAGUGUUGCCCUCAGUGCAACACUCGCUAUAAGCGUCACAGAGGUUCUCCUAGGAUCCCUGGAGAUGACGAGGAUGAUGAUAUUCAUGGUGCAGAUGAUUUUGAUGAUGAGUUUCCGGUUAAGCUUCAUCAUCAAGAUGAAUCAGGUCACCAAGAUGUGUCCGCUCAUUCUGAAAAUAGGGACUACGUUCAACCACAGCUGCACACAGGAGGCCCUGCUUUCUCUUCCACCGGAAGUGUUGCUGGUAAGGAUCUUGAAGCAGAAAGAGAAGCUUACAGCAACGCAGAAUGGACAGAGAGAGUGGAGAAGUGGAAGAUGAGACAGGAAAAGAGAGGUCUUGCCAACAAGGACGAUGGAGGAGGAAAUGAUCAAGGAGAAGAAGAUGAAUACUUAAUGGCUGAAGCAAGGCAACCACUGUGGCGAAAGGUGCCAAUGCCCUCAAGCCGAGUGAACCCAUACCGAAUUGUCAUUAUCCUCAGGCUUAUCAUUCUUUGCUUCUUUUUCCGUUUCCGCAUCCUAACUCCAGCAUACGAUGCUAUGCCACUCUGGGGCAUCUCUGUGGUCUGCGAGAUAUGGUUUGCCUUGUCUUGGAUCCUCGAUCAGUUCCCAAAAUGGUUCCCGAUCAAUCGGGAAACUUACCUUGAUCGUCUUUCGCUGAGGUUUGAAAGAGAGGGAGAACCGAACAAGCUAGCCCCGGUUGAUUUCUUUGUCAGCACAGUUGACCCUCUCAAGGAACCACCAAUAAUAACUGCAAACACAGUUCUUUCCAUCCUGGCGGUCGAUUAUCCGGUUGAUAAAGUCAGCUGUUAUGUCUCCGAUGAUGGUGCUUCAAUGCUUCUCUUUGACACACUGGCAGAAACUGCUGAAUUUGCUAGGAGGUGGGUCCCUUUUUGCAAGAAGCACAAUGUUGAGCCAAGAGCUCCAGAGUUCUAUUUCUCUCAGAAGAUUGAUUACUUGAAAGAUAAGGUUCACCCAAACUUCGUUAAGGAGCGGAGGGCAAUGAAAAGAGAGUAUGAAGAGUUCAAGGUGACAAUCAAUGCACUGGUCUCCAAAGCUCAGAAGAAGCCUGAAGAAGGAUGGGUGAUGCAGGAUGGCACCCCCUGGCCUGGAAACAACACACGUGAUCACCCUGGAAUGAUUCAGGUUUAUCUUGGAAGUGAAGGCGCACUUGACGUCGAAGGCAAGGAGCUUCCCCGGCUUGUGUAUGUUUCACGUGAGAAGAGACCAGGCUAUUCGCACCACAAGAAAGCUGGUGCCAUGAAUGCUCUGAUCCGAGUCUCUGCAGUCCUCACCAAUGCACCUUUCAUGUUGAAUUUGGAUUGUGAUCAUUAUCUUAACAACUGCAAAGCUGCAAGGGAGGCAAUGUGUUUCUUGAUGGAUCCCCAGUUUGGAAAGAAGCUUUGCUAUGUUCAGUUCCCUCAGAGGUUCGAUGGCAUUGAUCCCCACGAUAGAUACGCUAACAGAAAUGUGGUAUUCUUUGAUAUUAACAUGAAAGGCUUGGAUGGGAUCCAAGGGCCGGUUUAUGUAGGGACUGGAUGUGUCUUCAACAGGCAAGCUUUGUACGGCUAUGAUCCACCAGUGUCUGAAAAGCGUCCCAAAAUGACAUGCGAUUGCUGGCCUUCAUGGUGCUGCUGUUGCUUUGGUGGUUCGAGGAAAACUAAAUCUAAGAAGAAGGGACAGAGAAGCCUGCUCGGAGGACUUCUUCCAAAGAAGAAGAAAAUGGCGGGGAAGCACUACAGCAGGAAAGGUUCUAUGCAAGCUUUUGAACUUGAAGAGAUCGAGGAAGGACUUGAAGGCUAUGAAGAGCUGGAGAAAUCCUCUCUAAUGUCUCAAAAGAAUUUCGAGAAACGGUUUGGUCAAUCUCCGGUUUUCAUCGCCUCCACCUUGAUGGAAGAAGGUGGUCUGCCCGAGGGAACACCUUCUUCAUCUCUCAUCAAGGAGGCCAUCCAUGUCAUAAGUUGUGGGUAUGAAGAGAAAACUGAAUGGGGCAAAGAGGUUGGGUGGAUCUAUGGUUCUGUUACGGAGGAUAUCCUGACAGGGUUCAAGAUGCACUGCAGAGGAUGGAAGUCAGUUUACUGCUGUCCUGAGCGCGCAGCUUUUAGGGGAUCAGCUCCCAUUAACUUGUCGGAUCGGCUGCACCAAGUUCUGAGAUGGGCUCUGGGAUCUAUCGAAAUUUUCAUGAGUCACCACUGCCCUCUCUGGUAUGGUUGGGGAGGCAAGCUGAAAUUCCUUCAGAGGCUUGCUUACAUCAACACCGUCGUUUACCCUUUCACUUCCAUUCCUUUACUUGCCUACUGCACCAUUCCGGCAGUCUGUCUCCUGACUGGAAAAUUCAUCAUCCCAACGAUCAGCAAUCUUGCCAGCAUAUGGUUCUUGGCGCUUUUCCUCUCCAUCAUAGCAACCAGUGUCCUGGAACUGCGAUGGAGCGGGGUGUCCAUCGAAGACCUGUGGCGCAACGAGCAGUUCUGGGUCAUCGGUGGAGUAUCAGCCCAUCUCUUUGCUGUCUUCCAAGGCCUUCUCAAGGUCCUAGGGGGAGUCGACACGAACUUCACCGUCACAUCAAAAGCAGCUGAUGACACGGAGUUCGGGGACCUGUACCUAUUCAAGUGGACUACCCUUCUCAUCCCACCAACUACACUCAUCAUCCUCAACCUGGUAGGGGUUGUUGCAGGAGUGUCCGAUGCAAUUAACAAUGGGUACGGAUCAUGGGGACCUUUAUUCGGGAAGCUCUUCUUCGCUUUCUGGGUCAUUGUCCAUCUCUAUCCUUUCCUGAAAGGUCUCAUGGGAAGGCAAAACAGGACUCCAACCAUCGUUGUCCUGUGGUCCAUUCUCCUGGCUUCAAUUUUCUCAUUGGUUUGGGUCAGGAUCGAUCCCUUCUUGCCCAAGCAAACUGGUCCAAUUCUUAAGCAAUGUGGGGUUGAGUGCUAGUCACGGUUUUCCCAAAGCCGUCUCCAAAUAUUUGGUUUGGUUUCUACUCCAGCCAUUAGACAUCUUCCAAUAAGUUUGUGAGAAAAACCUUUUUUGUUUUGUUUUGUUGGGUGUGAUUUGUGAAACGUUCAGACCAUGAGGUAGAGUUGCAGCUCGAAGAUUGUAAGAUAAAGACCGAGAUACGCAUGUCAGGGACGUUGCCUUAUGUGCUAUGAGUUCUGAUCUCAGAAAAUUUCAUCCCUGGGAGAGUUGAAGCUGUCUUGACGAGUGUUUGGGCAACAGAAAAAUGGCGAGAAAAUGAAGGAAAGGCAGAGAAAAUAGAGAGAGAUAGAGGCAGAGGAAAAGAGAGAGAGAGAGAGAGAGGAAAAGGGGUGCUCAAGAUCUAGUGUUGUUGAUGCUAAGUUUAGAGCAGUAUAUGAUUAAGGUCCGGAGAGCUGAUUUCCCAAAUUCUGUAACCACUUCCAGUUUCGUGCGAAUACUUAGAAAAAAAGGUCCCACCGGGGAAGUUCUGGUUGGAACCUCCUUCGACGCUCAAAUUAGUAAUCUGAAUGAAAAGAAAUAAAUGCGAUAACGUUAGACCUGGUUCGAUUUCAUAGUCGCAAUUGAGUGUCGUUGGCUAUUUAAUGCCGCCCGGUGGAGACUAUCCACGAUUCCAUGGCUUAGUCCGCCAAAUUGAGGGUGUGUUGAGUGUUUAGAGAUUUAACACGUUUUGGGAGAUCGGGAGGAGAGAGAAAAUAUUUUUUAGAGAUCGAAAGUAGAGAGUUGGUAUUGUGUGUGAGUUGUGUUGUGUGAAGUAGUCGUAAGUGACUUGUGUGCGAGUUGUGUUGCGUGGAGGGACUUAUGGUGUGUUGAGAAAGGGGGAGGGGUGCUCCCUAUUUAUAGGGAAAAGUCGUAGUUAAAUUCCUCGACUUAUUUCAACAUUCACCAACAUUCUCCGUUAUCCCAAUACUCGCCAAUAUUCUCCGUUAUACCUUAACAUUCUCCGUCAUACACCAAUAUUUAUCAAUAAUCAUGGUAUAUGAGAAUAUCCAAGUGUGUAUGCGAAAGUAUGAGAAAGUGUAAGUAUAUAAGGGAAAAUAAAGGAGUAUGGGUAAU